AUGAAUCGAUCAUGGCAUUUCCAGAUGCACAAGAUGCGACAACGACUUGGCCUCAGUCCCAACGACAGUCUGCAACCGCCUGGCUCGAUGACGCCGACCAUGGACUCGACGACGCUUGUUACAUUCUUAUUCAAAGCACCUCCGGAAGCGCGAACGGUUGAGUUACUCGGGUCGUGGGACAACUUCCAGCAGGCUCACCAGAUGCACCACGACCGUCGACGAGGCAGAGGUUUCUGGACUGGCUGUUGGGCGUUCGACAACAUCAUCUUCGAUGGCGAUAGUCUGGACUGGUCGAAACCGAGAUCUGGUGGUCUCAAGCAGGGUGGGACGUACUGGUACUUUUACCGGCUUAACGACGAAGUGGAGGCCUACGAUGAUUCGCGCGCAUACACGACAUCUUGUCCAUUACUGCCCGGCCAACGACUGAACGUCAUGGAGGUACCAAUAGAGAUCAUGGACCCGCCGUCGAGAUGUUGCAGUGCCGGUACUACUACAGCCGAGCAGCUCGCCAGGACUACAAGCUCACAGACGCUCAAUCCGCACGACAAGUAUGCGCCUCUUGAGCCGCCACCGGUGUCGAAGGUCCAUGGUCGAUGCGUGUCCGAUCUCGCGCUCAAUGGCAGGCUGGAAAACAGGCCGCACUCUUCCAGACCAGCGAAGUCUCCACCGCCGAUGUCGCCUGUUCAAGAGGAGGCAGCAGCUCGAUCAGCAAUCGAAGUGUCUCGUCAACGACCCCGAGCCUACGCCAACGACUUGUCAGACCACUACUGGAGCAGACAGAGCUCCUUCACCUCACAGCGGGGAUGGUCGUCAGAAGCGCCUAGCUUCGCUCACUCGUCUGUGCCCGACGUGUACCCGACGACCUUCCAGGAUAACGACGAUGCUUCGUUCGUACUUUCGCCGGUCCUUGAAGUGCCGAGCCCACCACUCAGAACGUAUAGCAGAGUUUCGUAUGCGGAAGAUGUACCAGUGCAGUUCAGUCACCCGGACCCAUUUCACGACUUUGAUGCUCAGCACUCGCCCGGGUAUGACGACGAUUUUGACGGCACGUACGCCAACGGUCAAGACGACUUUGACGCUUUCGUCCGCAUGCCUACCUCACCCCCAUCUGGAGCCCUACCUCAAGCGGUCUGGCUCAAUCCGCAGGCUCAACAACGCCGGAAGCGGACCUCGUCUUUGCCAACGACAACCACUGGACCUCUUGCCAUCAAGCCUUGGACGGCCCACUCCGAUCCAACGCACCUACACGCUACGAACUCAGCUUCCGAGCUAGAAUACAGCAGCCUCGAUUCACUCUCCCCAUCCUUCAGCGCCGCGACUCUGAGCUCAACCACCAGCAGCGGACCAGCUACACCUAAUCACCUCGACAGCGGCUCUCAGCCCACAAGCCGCCACACUGUCGACGACACUGCCGAAGACCACGCCACCAAACCCGGCGCGCUGUCAGUCAUCGACCGCGUCGCCGACCGUUUCCGCACCCUCCGCCACAGCUGCUCCACUGCCGCCGUGCCCUCGACUUCACCACCGAUGUACGAGAAGCGCGAACAGGGAUGGAGUGGCUACUCUCUUCCCGCGCCUGCUGGACAGAGGAAGACGCCGUCUGCCAUGUCGCAGAUCACUGUAGCGGAUGAAGCUGAAGCUCCAAAGCUCGAUCUCAUGCAGACUCUUGACCACAGUGGAGCGGGAGAGUCGUUUGCGAAGGAUGUGUUUAGUGAGUUGGGUUUUUGA